AUACAAGUCAUCGAGUUCGACUUCAAUGUCUGUGGGAAUAAAGUCUGAUGGAAUAACGGAAAUAAUGGUCAACGGAGGAGGAAAAUCAAUUCAAUCAAAUUUUGUAAGGAAUUAUGAGUGGCAAAAUAUCAUAAUCACGUGGUCAAAUAGCGACGGGAAUGUUGUCCUUUAUAAAAAUGGAKCAGAGCAAUCACGUGAAUCAGGUAUGCAGRAUGGGAUAGUUAAGGCUGGCGGGACAAUGUAUAUUGGUCAGAAGCAUCAAACAGAAGGUUUUGAUGGAGAUAUGGUUAUUCAUGGUAGCAUCACAGAUCUUGAGAUGUGGACCCUAAGAUUCGACGCUAAACAGGCACAAGUAGCGUACAGCAAAUUUGAAUGUAAUUCUGCAACCAAUUUCAUGGCAGGAGACAUUCUUUCCUGGCAAAAGGUUCUGAACUCAACUUUUAGUGGAGACGUGACCAAAAGCUGCCUUUCUUCGUGUCCUCUUUAGAUUAUUCAAACAUUAUGAGUACAUUUUCACCAGCAGCAAUUCCAAUGAAUGUACACAAUAAACCUGGGAUCAAUGGCAAUUGUUAAAAAUUCCUGUUUUUUUUCUAAUUUCAUUUCAAAAAAAUAUGCAGAAAUAUGAUUGGUACAUUUAAUUGAAUACUGGACCACAGAUUGCAUGAAGCAAUAGCCAAUGUCUAGAAAUAUGCCAUUUUAAAGAAAAUAUACAAAUCAUUAUGACUCUAUAAUGUAGUGUAAAGGUCUAUCUCCAGCCAUCAUCCAAUGCGGUUGUAGCUCUAGUUAAAAUUUUCGAAAAAUCAGAAAACGUGUUUAUGAUAUCUUUCCAUCCAUCAGUUUUACAAGAGAAKCUUAGGGACUGUUCAUUAAAUAUGCCUCAAGGUGGYCUGGAGGAARAGUMAARAAAAMCUUGGGAAAAUUUGCAGCCCCCUUACUCUAUCACAAUAUUUUUUCGAGCCACCCCUCCUUCUUACAUCGAGCAAAACUAGCCCCUCCCCCUUAAUCUUAAUAGCUAAUCUUUAAACUAUAAAAGGAGUCACAAAAUUAAUGAACGGUCCCUUACAGUAUCCCAUUCAUAAGGCAUAGAUAGAUAAGAAAGAAUAGGUUUCCUGACAUUAUGAUUCAUUUCUAAUUUUCACCUUAAGUUAUACAWAUACAGUUUUUGUAUUGCAUAAGCACACACUAACUUAUAGUUUAAGGGUUAACCCUAUCGAAACAUUGCAGAACUGAAAAAAUGUUUUUGAACUAGCCAGGAGACUCCACUUUUAAUGGAAUUCUGAGAUUGUAUAUGUUUAGGCAUUUUAAUCACCCAKAAUGUUAACAAAGCCAUCAAUAGUAUAAUAGACUGCCUGAAAUUCACAGACGGGUGAAAAUGACUCUAWAUAAAACUAUCAAGUUGACAYAAUCUUAUGUAUUUACUAUUUUAUGCCGACACAGCAGAAUUUUUUUACAAUAAUGCUCCUGACUGAUUCUGGAUUAAAAUAAUCGUCAACACAGACACAUCGGAUAAAUACUUAAUAUCAUMAAUAUAUCAAUAUCAAUUAUACGUGCCAUUUUGUUGCUCAAUAAACGAGARAAACUUSCACUUUUGCAAAAAGUUCACUGUGCAAAUACAUUCAAAACAAWUUUUGUGAGAUGUACGUGCUAUGUUUCUAGCUCUCACUGAUCAACGCAUUGUGUUUGUGCCUGCCGUCAUCAA